AUGACCACGCGACCAACAGAUGUAGAAAAAAUAUUAACAAAUUGUCUAAGCAAAUCGCCUUUUUACGACAAUCUUGGUGGUGUAAUAAAAGACAGCCUUCUGAUACUAAAAGUCAAUCUCUGGAAAGAACAUCGCAAAAUGAUCAAUCCCUCGUUUAAUUCGACGAUUUUAAAUUCAUUCCAUGACGUAUUUGUCAAGUAUUCGAGGGAAAUGGUGGAGUUUUUGAGCGAUGCUGAAGGAAGCGAACAAACGGAUCUCGUUUCAGUCAUCUGGGAAAAAACACUGGAUUCCGCGUUAGCAACUUUAACCACCGUAAAACCCCAUCUGAUAAAAGAACUAAGACGUCUCAUUCCAGUUACCGUCAAAAUCGAAGACACAUUUAUACAAAGAUUCCAUAAAUUUUGGCUGCUCAUCGAUUUCUUUUGGCAAAAAUCUAGCUUAAAUAAGGAGUUUGAAUCGGCUUGUCCAACUGCUCACGCAGUUAUCAACAAUAUAAUAUCAGAAGAACGCAAAUCUGAAUUUUCAGGUCGAAGUCAGCGUUUCCUACCGCAUUUGAUUAAAUUAAACCAAACAAAGCACAUCGCCGACCAAGAAAUUCUGGAAGAAAUGAGUUUGAUGCUUGUAGCGUCGAGUGAAACGACAGCACUAACAGUCAAUAUAGUUUUAACGAUUUUAGGAAUCUAUCCAGACAUUCAGGAAAAAGUAUUCCAGGAACUCGUUUCAGUUCUACCAACCAUAAAAAAAAAUCCGACUUUGGAAGACAUCAGUCGUCUGGAUUAUCUAAAACGUGUGAUAAAAGAAACGAUGAGAUUAGUCCCUAUCAUUCCCUUCAUUUUGCGAUAUACCGACGAAGACAUUAAAUGUGACCCAUAUAUUUUUCCCGCCGGGUCUAAUUUAUUCGUUCCUAUAAUCCUACUACACAGGGAUCCGGAAGUAUGGUCAGAGCCCGAAAAAUUUGAUCCUGAUCGGUUUCUUCCCGAUAAAAUUACGAAAAGACAUCGCUGUUCCUACAUUCCUUUUAGUUUUGGUUUAAGGUAUGGAAUGAUGUCAGUGAAAAUAAUGCUUGCAACAAUUCUGAGAACUUUCAAGGUACAAACUCUUGAUUUGAAAUCAUGGAAGGAGAUCGAAUGGGACUAUUUGAUCAUGCUGAAACCUAAAAUUAGUCUGUCUUUUAUAAGCAACCAAUAG